AUGGAAAGGAACGAUAUUGGUGAGAGAAUCGGACCAGUUGCACAAGUUCAGCAGCAGCAUCAGCAAAUGAAUAAUCUCACUCAGUCUCAGUGUUCUUCGUCUUCGUCGAUACUGUCACAAUGUUCAUCGCAACUGGUAUCACCAUCGUCAUCAACUUCAAUCUUAUCACCCUCUUCAGUAGCGCAUAACACCUCACCACCAUCCAGUCUAACAAAUUGUCCUCCUAAUGCCACUUCGUCAACACAGCAACAAGCAACAUGCCCACCACUAAUCUAUCGUUCUCCAAAGCAUUGUCGACUCGCUUUCGAGCGUAUCAACGAAAUGAGAAAUGAUAAUUGUCUCUGUGAUGUCACCUUAGUGGUUGCAAACAAUCGUGUGAAUGCGCACCGACUUGUGCUUGCUUCAUCAUCCAACUAUUUCAAAGCGAUGUUCACCUCGGAAAUGGCCGAAAGUAGACAGCAGGAAAUUCAAAUGGUUGAUAUUGGUUAUUCAACCCUAAAAACGUUGGUUGAUUUCUGCUAUACAGGUGAAAUAACAAUCGCUGACGUGAACGUACAAUCCAUUUUACCAGCCGCUUGUCUCCUUCAAUUGAGUGAAAUUCAGGUGCAUGAUUCUUUCUUCAAUACGCAUGCAUGUCGUGAUUUAAUGCGUAUUGCUGAUAAAUUUGCGCAUCACAAUUUUCAGGAUGUUGCGGCCAGUGAAGAAUUUUUGCUGUUGCCUGUGAAUCAAUUGAUCGAUAUCAUCUCAAGUGAAGAGCUGAAUGUCCGUUCAGAGGAAACUGUUUUUGCAGCCGUCAUGGCGUGGAUUCGUUAUGAUCUCAUUAAGCGAAGACCACUUCUCUCGAAGGUAUUGGAGCAUGUUCGUCUACCGUUGUGUCAAGCGAAAUUUUUGGUGAGUACGGUCAGUGAGGAUCCACUCGUGAAAUCAGACGCUCGUUGUCGCGAUUUAGUGGAUGAGGCAAAAAAUUACUUAUUACUUCCACUGGAACGGCCGAGUAUGCAAGGACCACGGACUAGAAGUCGUAAACCAGUGCGUUACGGUGAAGUGCUGUAUGCGGUUGGUGGCUGGUGUAGUGGGGAUGCAAUAGCGAGUGUGGAACGAAUGGACUCGAGAACGGGCGAAUGGCGCUGUGUCUCGGCGAUGAGCAAGCGUCGUUGUGGAGUCGGGGUGGCUGCACUCAACCAUUUACUCUAUGCGGUCGGAGGGCAUGAUGGUCAAAGUUACCUCAACUCUGUUGAAAGAUAUGAUCCAGCGACAAAUCAGUGGAGUAGCGAUGUUGCACCAACGUCAACAUGUCGCACUUCGGUCGGUGUUGCAGUCCUUGACGGUCUUUUGUAUGCAGUUGGUGGACAAGAUGGAGUUUCUUGUCUUAACGUCGUCGAAAGAUAUGAUGCACAUCGUAAUGAAUGGUCGAAAGUUGCGCCGAUGAGUACCCGACGUUUGGGUGUAUCAGUUUCCGUUCUUAAUGGAUGUCUUUAUGCUGUCGGUGGUUCAGAUGGCCAGACUCCUUUGAACACGGUCGAAAGAUAUGAUCCACGAAUGAACAAAUGGAUGAUGGUCAAACCGAUGGGAACUCGACGCAAGCACCUUGGAACAGCCGUCUAUAACGGCUUUCUCUACGCUGUGGGUGGGCGUGAUGAUGUGUGUGAACUUUCAUCAGCUGAGCGCUAUUAUGCCGGUACUAAUGAGUGGGUAGGACUGGCAGUUGUAAAUGGACAGCUGUAUGCGGUUGGAGGAUUUGAUGGCACAACAUAUCUGAAGACAGUAGAGGUUUAUGAUCGAGAGUUGAACCAGUGGCGACAGUCUGGUUGCAUGACAUAUCGUCGUUUAGGUGGUGGUGUGGGAGUAGUUCGUCUGGCGAAUGAUCAUACACUUCCAUCGUCCAAUUCUUUCGUACCCGAUAUUCCACCUUUCGGUGAUGCAUCCAAUAGAGAUUAG